UUGCUUGAUAAAUUGAGAACGCAAUAGGGGGAACUGGUAAUAUGCAUUUAUGUUUCAUCCACGUCCAAUAACUCGUGCGUAAGGGUACUUGGUGUGACACAAAAACGCCUUAACUCACACCGUGCAGCCUUGAACGUGAGAGAAUCGUUGCCAGAUUUCUUGUCCUGAGCGCCUCAGCCGGGACAGCUUCAGCUGACCAUGGAAAGCGGUGGCAACACGUCGAACUAUCCGUACCAUUUCUCGAAUAUGGCCAUGAUGAACAAUAGUGUUUUUUGUCGGAACUUCAGCGAUAACAUGAGUUUGGAUGCCAAAUGUGAGAGAACAGACAAUCUGGCCAAAGAUUCGACACCAGUGAUCAUCGCGAUUAUAAUCACGACUCUUUACUCUAUUGUGUGUGUGCUUGGUCUGGUGGGAAACGUGCUCGUCAUGUAUGUCAUUAUCAGAUACACUAAAAUGAAGACCGCCACAAAUAUCUACAUCUUCAACCUGGCCUUGGCUGAUGCACUAGCCACCAGUACGCUGCCCUUCCAGAGUGUCAACUUCCUGAUGGGGACCUGGCCGUUUGGAGACGUGCUGUGCAAGAUAGUGAUAUCCAUCGACUACUACAACAUGUUCACCAGUAUCUUCACCUUGACUACAAUGAGUAUUGACCGUUACAUUGCAGUGUGCCACCCCGUCAAGGCCUUAGACUUCCGCACGCCCCGUAACGCGAAGAUUGUCAACGUGUGCAACUGGAUCCUGUCCUCUGCCAUCGGUCUACCUGUCAUGUUCACCGCCUUAACUACUGUAACCGAUAACGGCAAGUACGACAGAAUCAUCGACUGCACUUUGAUCUUCCCCCACCCAUCCUGGUACUGGGAGAAUCUUCUGAAGAUCUGCGUCUUCAUCUUUGCCUUCAUCAUCCCCGUCCUCAUCAUCACCGUGUGCUAUGGGCUAAUGAUCUUGCGCCUGAAGAGCGUGCGCAUGUUGUCCGGCUCCAAGGAGAAGGACCGCAACCUGCGCCGCAUCACCCGUAUGGUCCUGGUGGUGGUGGCCGUCUUCAUCAUCUGCUGGACGCCCAUCCACAUCUACGUCAUCAUCAAAGCCCUUAUCAAUAUCCCCAACUCCCUGCUGCAGUCCGUCACCUGGCACUUCUGCAUCGCUCUGGGCUACACCAACAGCUGCCUGAAUCCCGUCCUCUACGCCUUCCUGGACGAGAACUUCAAGCGCUGCUUCCGCGAGUUCUGCAUCCCCUUGAGUCCUUCGAUGCUGGAGCUGCAGAAUUCUUCUCGUACCCGCCACCACCCCCAACACGAGCACCACUCCAGCGCCAACACAGUGGAGAGGUCCAAUCAAGAGGUAUGACUAGGUAUGGAGAUGUUGUCGUUAGACUCAUGCUGCCAGCCCAACGACGAUAUGAUCUCGGAAGUCACCCAGGUAACCACGGUGCUCUGACACAAAGCUUUGACACGUAAUGCGCCAAGAUGCUGAAAUGCAACGUGGUGCGAGCAUCUAUGUUGCUGUCGCCUCUUUCUGGCAAGGCUGACAAAUAUUUGAAUGUAGAAUAGCGCUCAGCGUAAGGCUUUCUGUCAGGUAGCAUUAUUAAAAUGUUGAACUUUGGGCUAAACACUGAAAUUAACCAACAUCAGCUGUUAUGUACACAGUAGGCUAUCCUUUUAGACUGGUAUACUGAACAUACUGAAAAUGAUAAAUUGGCCAUGUUUUGAAGUUGUACAUUGUUUGUUUACAAUUACAUUAUUGUUUGCUUCAAGCGUCAAUGGCUAUAUAUCAUUAAUUUAAAAGUCAGAAAAUUGAUGUAGCCUACCAAUCACAGACUGCAGCUUUAAAGCUGUGUAUAGCUGCUUUUAUAUGUUAUAUGAUCUGUGCUAAAUUGUUAUGUAUUGUAUGUGUAUGUGAAUUGCCUUUAAUGUAGCCCUGCAAAAUAUCCAAACUGAAAGUGAUAAAAAAUAUAUAUAUAUAUGAUUACAUUUAGUUAUGAUCAGAUAUUCUAUUGAAUACUGUCAUUUUUAACAGUGCUUGGCAGAACUUGCUCACCUUCAAAAUGUUCCAUCAACAUGAUAAUGCUGCUUUAUCAACGUCAAGUAACUGAAAUAUUUAUUGAUAUUUAAAACUGAUAUAUUACAGUGCUUGCAAGUUUACAGAGAUAAAGUCCUAACCAUUGGGUUGUGGCAGACCUGGGUUCAAAUACAUGCUUAAUUAAAGACAUGGUGACUUUGGUGAAAAAAGACUGUGCUGCGCCUUGUUCCCUACAUUUUGCCCCGUGUGGGCCAGCCCCCUAGCAUUUCAAGUUUCAGCCAAUGAGCUUCAACCCCUCACCAUAUGAGUGACAGCUAGCAAGAUGCACGCGAUUCACCCACAGCAGAGCAGAGGGAAACAGCAAUGACGUGGUGCACAUAUUUGCACAUAUGUGACAGUACGCAAUUUUCGGAAAACAGUUUUGGCUCGUGAGCUCUACUUUCAGAAGUACUGGCUAAAAAGUAUUGAAAAGUACAGUACACUGAACAAAAAUAUAGGCGCAACAUGUAAAGUGGUGAUCCCAGAAAUGUUCCAUGUGCACAAAAAACGUAUUUCUCAAAAAUGUUGUGCAGAAAUGUGUUUACAUCCCUGCUAGUGAGCAUUUCCCCUUUGCCAAGAUGAUCCAUCCACCUGACAGGUGUGGCAUAUCAAGAAGCUAAACAGCAUGAUCAGUACACAGGUGCACCUUGUGCUGAGGAAAAUAAAAGGCCACUCUAACAUUUGCAAUUUUGUCAAACACCACAAUGCCAUAAUGUCUCAAGUUUUGAGGGAGUGUGCAAUUGGCAUGCUGCCUGCAGGAAUGUCCACCAAAGCUGUUGCCAGAGAAUUUAAUAUGAAUUUCUCUACCAUAAGCCGCCUCCAACGUCAUUUUAGAGAAUUUGGCAGUAGGUCCGGCCUGAGAACCGCAGACCACAUGUAUGGUGUCGUGUGGGCGAGCAGUUUGCUGACGAAAAAAGUGCCCCAAGGUGGCGGUGAGGUUAUGGUAUGGGCAGGCGUAAGCUACAGACAACUAACACAAUUACAUUUUAUUGAUGGAAAUUUGAAUGUAAAGAGAUAACGUGACGAGAUCAUGAGGCCCAUUGUCAUGCCAUUCAUCCGCCGCCAUCACCUUAUGUUUCAGCAUUAUAAUGCACAGCCCCAUAUCGCAAGGGUCUAUACCUGGAAGCUGAAAAUGUCCCAGUUCUUCCAUGUCAUGCAUACUGACCAUCCAUGUCACCCAUUGAGCACGUUUGGGAUGUUCUGGAUCAACUUGUACGACAGCGUGUUCCAGUUCACUCCAAUAUCCAGAAACUUCGCACAGCCAUUGAAACACAAGAAUUUCGCUACACCCGCAAUAGCAUCUGCUUAACACGUGUAUGUGACCAAUACGAUUUCAUUUGAAGAGGAGUGGGACAACAAUCCACAGGCCACAAUCAACAGCCUGAUCAAGUCUCUAUGCGAAGGAGAUGUGUCACACUGCAUGAGGCAAGUCGUGGUCACAACAGAUACUGACUGACUGGUUAUCUAAACAAUGCACCUACCUUUUUUUAAGGUAACUGUGACCAACAGAUUCAUAUUUGUAUUCCCAGUCAUGUGAAAUCUGUAGAUUAUGGCCUAAUUUAUUUAUUUCAAUUUCCUGAUAUGAACUGUAACUCAGUCAAAUCUUUAAAAUUGUUGCAUGUUGCGUUUAUAUUUUUGCUGUAUUUCAGUGUUUUUAAAUAAUGGGACUGAAACAACUACUUCUAUUUGAAAAAAAAAUAAAUGUUUACUUUGAAAUGUAUGUGAAAGUAAUUGAAAUCCCUUCAAUAGCAUUUGGACCCAGGUUGGAACUUGCUUGAUAUAUUUAUAUAUUUAAAAUAUUUUUAAAAAAACAUGUCAGUCCGUUCAAGGAUUUUAGUAAGUAUGUGUAGAUAGGGAUGCCGUCAGGCUUUGUCAGCUGUGUAUUAUGAUAUUAUUUUCAAGUUGUAUAUGAUGGUAUCAUUAUGCCUGUGUAUCUUUUCAGGGAUAAGACAAUAUACUGUUUCAUAGACCAACAUGUACAUGUGACUUUGUAUUUUACAAAAUCCCUGAUUUGUCUUAAAAUGGCGGAUGCUUUUAAUGUUACCAUGGUGAACAUUGUACUUUCUAAAUGAUUGUUGUAAAUUUGAAACUGUUUGUGAUUUUCACUCAAAUAUCUAAAAUGAUAAAUAUGCAUGUUACUACAUUUUACAUAAAGUUGUUAAUCAGCAAAUGUUGUUUUUCUAAAUAUACUUCAAUUCUGAAUUUUGAAUGUUUUUGUAAGUAGUCAAAUAAACCAUUAUAUAUCAAACACUGUAAUGAAUAUUACCUUUACCACAA